AUGGUGGCGGCCAGAGUCCCUGACCCCAGCUUCUGGUCGGACGGACUGAAGUCCGUAAGGGUAGCGUCGUGCCUCGUUCGGGAGCGGAGCGGGCGGGCGCUGCGGGGCGCGGGCGGGCUGGCCGGGCCGUGCUGCCCUUCCAGGUCCUCCAUCCUGAGCGAGGUGUCCACCCGCUCGAGAUCCAAACUGCCGGCCGGCAAGAACAUCCUGGUCUUUGGUGAUGAUGGUUCAGGUAAAACCACGCUUAUGGCUAAAAUACAGGGAGCGGAGCAUGGCAAGAAAGGAAGAGGGCUGGAAUACUUGUAUCUAAAUAUUCACGAUGAAGACAGAGAUGAUCAUACUCGCUGUAACGUUUGGAUUCUGGAUGGAGACUUAUACCAUAAAGGGCUGUUGAAGUUUGCAGUUUCUGCAGAAUCCCUGCAAGACACCAUUGUAGUCUUUGUUGCAGAUAUGUCUAGACCUUGGACUGUUAUGGAGUCUUUACAGAAAUGGGCCAGUGUCUUGCAAGAACAUAUUGAUAAGAUGAAAAUUCCUCCAGAAGACAUGAGAGACAUGGAACAGAAGUUUAUAAAGGAGUUUCAAGAGUAUGUAGAACCUGAAGAAGGCUACCAAGGAUCACCGCAGAGAAGAGGCCCUUCUUCUGGCCAAGAGGAUGAACAUGUUUCUUUGCCACUUGGAGAAAAUGUGCUGACUCGCAACCUUGGUAUUCCUGUGCUGGUAGUUUGUACGAAAUGCGACGCAGUGAGCGUACUAGAGAAGGAGCAUGAUUACAGAGAAGAACAUUUUGACUUCAUUCAGUCACACAUUCGUAGAUUCUGCUUACAAUAUGGGGCUGCCUUGAUUUAUACAUCAGUUAAGGAGGAAAAGAACCUUGAUCUAUUGUAUAAGUACAUUGUACAUAAAACAUACGGUUUUCAGUUUACCACACCUGCCUUAGUGGUAGAGAAGGAUGCAGUUUUUAUACCUGCUGGUUGGGACAAUGAAAAGAAAAUUGCCAUUUUACAUGAAAACUUCACAACAGUGAAACCAGAAGAUGCAUAUGAGGACUUCAUUGUAAAACCUCCUGUAAGAAAGUUAGUCCAUGAUAAAGAGCUGGCAGCAGAAGAUGAACAAGUGUUUCUUAUGAAGCAGCAGUCAUUCCUUGCCAAACAGCCAGCAACGCCUACAAGAGCAUCAGAAUCUCCUGCAAGAGGCCCAGCAGGAUCCCCAAGAACUCAAGGCAGAGCUGGUCCCGCCAAUGUACCGAGUGCCUCACCAAUAACAUCAGUUAAGAAACCAGAUCCAAAUAUUAAAAAUAAUGCUGCAAGUGAAGGCGUCCUGGCUAGUUUCUUUAACAGCCUCUUGAGCAAAAAGACUGGCUCUCCUGGGAGUCCUGGUGCUGGAGGAGUGCAAAGUACAGCCAAGAAAUCAGGACAAAAAACAGUUUUGACAAAUGUUCAAGAGGAAUUGGAUAGGAUGACUCGCAAGCCAGACUCUAUGGUAACAACAAACUCUCCUCCAACAGAGAACGAAGCUUGAUAGCGCAUAAAAAAAUGCAUAUGUAAAUGACCAAAUAACUAUGUAUAUUGAUCUGAUAAGACCAUGAAUUUUCUGCUAUGGCAGAUGCUAUCAGUUUUCUUGGGGCAGGGGAAAUGAGCUUACUACAUCAUUGCCUUGUCCCAGUAAAAAGUGCACAUUCAGGAAGUUUGCAUAUAAAAUCCCUCUGUAUAAGAUAACCAUUUAGAGUUUAUAUAGGGCAAUUCUUUGGGGUGUGGAGGUGAGCAGGUGCAGCUGCAUUUCCUGUUGUGAAGAACACAGAGAAGCAAAAUGGAGAAUUCUUAUUGAAAUACUACUACUGACUGCACACAAGGCAAGACAGAGAAACGAAAUCCUCUUUCAGAGUUACUGGAAUUGGCUUCUUGUAUAUUUGCAAAUGCAUUAUAUACUUGGAAAGGUGGUGGUGGUGCUGUAACAGAGCAUUAAUUAGGAGGAAGAAGCCUAGGUAGGGAAUGGAGCCCUAAAAGGGGAAACAGAUUUGGGACAGUGAGAAACUAGAAUGUUGGACUGACUGGAGAGGAGCAAUGUUGUUAAACCCUGUGUUUCACAGGGGGUAAAUAAUCACUGUUUUAAAAAGACUACUUUACAUUGGAGAAUUCCAGGCCAAACACUAAGCAUCAUGGGAAUUUAUUCUUGUUAUGAAUCUUGGUUUAGUUU